CCUCUCCAACAACGUGGGCCGCGCGCGGCCGGGUUCGUAUAGGGAUAGCAUAGCAAGCAAACUCGGCAAGAAGCAGCAUGGUCCCGAUGAGUGGAAGUGGAUCCACCUCCGGCACCGGAGGCGGAGGGGCGGCGAAGACGCAUCGGAUGGUGACGAGCUGCAACGGCUGCCGCGCCCUGCGCAAGGGCUGCAGCGACGGCUGCACCAUCCGCCCCUGCCUGCAGUGGAUCAAGAGCCCCGAGGCGCAGGGCAACGCCACCCACUUCCUCGCCAAGUUCUACGGCAGGGCGGGGCUGCUCAACCUGAUCGCCGCCGCGCCAGCCGGCGCCGACUGCCAGGCGGUCUUCCGCUCCCUGCUCUACGAGGCGUGCGGCCGCAUCGUCAACCCGGUGUACGGCGCCGUCGGCCUGCUCUGGUCGGGCCAGUGGCCCAAGUGCGAAGACGCCGUCGAGGCCGCGUUCAAGGGGGAACUCGGCGUGCCGGUCCACGUCGUGCACGUCGACGCCCCGCCGCCGCCGCUCGGCGCCAGGCUAGGCCCGUCGUCGGCUUCCUACGACAUCCGCCACUUCGCCAAGGACUCCGACGCCGCCGUCGCCGCCGACCUCCUCCGCUUCGCUCGCGCCGCCGGCCGCACGGGGUUCAAGCGCGGUAAGGGUUCGCCUUCCUACGGUUCCAAGGCGAAGCUCCUCAAGGGCAAUGGCGAGGCCACCAAGAACGUGCGCGCGUCGCCCAGCGGUAGCCCUCCUUUGGGGCAACAACAAGAGGUGGCCAAGGAACUGGAACCGAUGCCGAUGGUCAUGGAGAUGGAGCUUGAGCACGACGGCCGCCGCGAUGAGGAGUUCGUGGGCAAGGGCAAGGCCAAGGCCAAGGCCACCAAGAACGUGCGCGCGUCGCCCAGGCCCAGCCCUCCUUUGGGGCAAGGGCAACAACAAGAGGCGGAGGCGGAGGCGGAAGAACUGGAACCGGUGCCGAUGGUCAUGGAUCUUCUUGAGCACGACGGCGGCCGCGAUGAGGAGCUUCCCGGCAGCAACGACCACCACCUGAAGGGAAAGGGAUCGAAGGAGAACACCGACGUGGAGGCGGCGGCCUUCCACGUGAUCCAAGGCGAGGCCGAGCCGCCACUCGGCAACCAGGUGCUGGUAGCGGAUCAGGAAGAAGAGGUGGUCGUGCCGGGGCUGGAGCUCGCGCUCGGUUUCGAGCCGGUGCCGGUCGUCAGGCAGCAGCCGUCCGGCGACCAGACCGGGUCCAGCGGCCUCGGGCUGUAGCUGCCGCCGGCCUGAGCUCGCCUGAUCUCACUCAACUAUAGUUAUAAUAAAUAAAUACAUAAAUAAAUAAAAGAGAAUAAACAGUUUGGGACCCCAUCGCUCCCAGCGGUGUCAUGAGAGACAAACAGCAGUCAACAGCAACAUAGUUGAGUGAUUUACAAAUUUAGUAUUUCCUAGGUUUCGCAUCGUUUUUUUCCCCAUGUUUUCUUCCUUGUAAUAAAAGACCGGUGGACAGGACACUACAGUUGCGUCCUGUGUACCCAGGUGAUGAUGUACUGGCGGCUUGUUGGCCAGGAUAUAUGAAUAUGAUAAACAUUU